AUGGCGCUUAAACCGGACAUUAUCGUCGGCGUGGACUUUGGUAUGACCGGUACUGGGGUCGCGUACUCAGUUGCACCAGAAUGGGCACGUCCAGAAGUCAUUCAGAGCUGGCCAGGAAAUACAAGAGGGACAGUUGCCGACAAAGUUGACUCGAAGAUCUCGUAUGAUCUCAGAUCAGGCCAAUUAGCCGCAUGGGGCUUCUUUGCAGACUUUACCAUACGCCACCACAAAUAUACGGAGCUAUUCAAAUUAUAUCUCGAUCCAGAAUUCAAUGCAUCUCAAAUAGAUGCCCCCAGCCUUGAAGAAGCGCGCAAGUGGUUUAGGGAUUUUCUCAGCUGUCUGUACAAGGAAGUGAUGAAGCAUCUGAAGGAAACUAUUCCAAGAGUUCAAUCACGAAAGAUCGAGUUCUGUUUCAGUGUCCCCACCACAUGGAAAGAUCCAGCAAUGGUUGCAGAACACGAGUUGCUCAUCAGACAGGCCGGGUUUGGAAGUGAAGUACACCACACAGCCCGAAUUACUCUCACAGAGGCAGAAGCAGCUGCCGUGUACGCUUCAAAGCACCAGUACCAGAAGGGAGAUGUCUUCCUCAUUUGUGAUGCUGGAGGUGGAACGACUGAUGUAAAUGUCCUGAAAGUUGCAGCUCAGGAGGAUGGACAAACAGAACUCGAGCCUCUAUCCUGGGUAGAAGGGCAGCCUAUCGGUUCAACUCUGAUUGAUUUCAAAGUCGAGAUUCUGAUGAGAGAGCGUCUGAGACGUAUCCAUCACAAGCUACCUGAUGGUCCAGACAAUAUUGCUCGUAAUACAAUGCGAGAAAGCUCACGUUUCGAGACCUUCAAACGCAACUAUGGGAGUGAAUCAUUUAGCCAACUCUAUUUGACACUUCCGAUCUCUUGUCUUCCUCCUGGGUUCGAUGAUCCUGAUGCUCAUAUAGAGAACUCGAUGAUGGUAAUCUCAAAAGAGGACUUAGAGAAGAUUUUUGACCAACAAGUCUCAAGAAUUGUGCGCCUUCUCGAAGAACAACUCCAGACAUUGCAACAUAAUCAUCCAACGGAGACAAUAAAUUAUUUGGUUCUAUCAGGCGGCCUUGGGAGCUCACCAUACCUUUACCAGAGACUCAAGUCACACUUUGAACUCGGAGCCCAUGGAUCCGUCAACACACAAAACCUGACGAUUUUGAAAGCCGACAAGCCUCAGCUUGCUGUCGUCCGAGGCCUCGUGAUGGAUAGAGUACAAGAAAUUAUCUCGGACAGAAACGUUUAUGUGGAAAGAUGUUGUCGUAGCUCCUACGGCGUGGUUGCGCGUCAUCCUUACAAUCCGAUGUUCCAUCAAGGGGAGCCAGUUUCCGAAGAUCCACGAGACAAAAGAAGAUGGGCUGAGCAGCAAAUUGAUUGGUUUAUUAAACAAGGAGACAAAGUAUCCGUCAAACAGGGCAUCAAGCAGCACUAUAGACUCAAAUUGGAUCCAGGUCGAGAGCAAUUGCCUUGGAAGACCCAAAUUGUCAUGUCGGCUCUUCCUGUUCACAGUCUACCCACCAGUAUGCGGAUGGAUGGUGCAACAACGGUUUGUGCUCUCGAGUCGGUUCCAGAUUACUGGGACUUAAAGCUCAAGAACCGGCACUGGUAUAAUUUCAAGCCAAAAUAUUAUCGAGCAGAGUUUGAUGUUCAGGUGCUCGUCGGAUCCGCGGACCUGAAGUUUCAGGUUUUGGGGAGGAAUGGAGCAUUGAGUAAGAAGCAUGAUGAUAUCAGUGUCCGCUGGACAAACUCCACGAAACAGCAAGAGCCUGCUCGGGAAAGAGAAAGACCUGGUGACGAAUUUGGACUGUAUCGAUUCUAG